GGCGAAGGCGAAACAAAAUGGCCGCCGCCACUCAAUUUAAGAAUUUCCUGUAUGCUUUCUGUGGAAAGCGUAAAACUAGACCUAUUUACACGGAAAGAUCCUCUGCUUCAGGCUUUAGCUUCCAGGUAAAACGGAGUAUAUUCAACAAAACCUAUUUAACACGGAAUAAAAGUGAAAAGUUUUCACAAAUUUUAGCUUUUAAAUGCAGCUCUAGCCGUUAUAUUUACUUUAAACAAGAUUAGAUUAUUCGCUCUUGCUUCAAAUCAAUUGUGAUUAUGAAGCUCUCGAACGUUUUCUUAGGUGCAGAUAGAAGGCUUUGAUUACGUGGGUCUUGGAAGUGCCAACAACAAGAAAGAUGCUGAAACUAAUGCAGCCAAAGAUUUCUGUGGAUUUUUGAUUGGAGCUGGAAUCAUUCCUCCAGACUCUUUUCCUGAUGAUCUAUUUGUAAGUAGAUAAAGGCUGUGUCCACAGGGCCAAUUAAUCAAACAAAUUUCUGCAUUUAGAGUUUUUCUGUACGUGAAAACCAUAUUUUCACAGACUUAAAAGGCUCAUCAAGGGAUUUUUGAUGAUGAUUUACAAUCAUUCACGUACAGACAAAGACCAUAAAAAUGCACAAGUUUGAGUGUUUUUACAAACUGAAUGGACUCUUGUGGAUACACAGAUGUACACAGAUGUAGCUUAAAAGCAGGCAAAUGCUUAUUUAUCAUGAAAAUUGCAGAAUUCACAUGAUCAGCUGGAUUAUAUAGUUGAAUGACUCUGCAAACAACAGCCCUUCCUUGGGGAACAAUUCUUAUAAUAUGAAAGGAAUUUUAUGUUUGCGUUUGAGGAUGUCCACUUUAAAUGUUUAACAUUCAACAGCAUGGUCCUCAACCAAAUAUCUUCUUGUAUGUAUAAGCUAGUCACCGAUUCAAGUGAAGUUAUGUGUUGUUGGAAAAUGCUUAAUCGUGUCAUUUUCACUUCAAAAUUAUUUCAACAGGGAGAAGGUCCAACUGUACCAGCCACAGGUCAACCAGCUCAACAACCUCAAAAACAACAGCUUCCUUCAUCAGUUGCACCAGCACCUCAUUCUCAUCAGUUCACGCCAAACCAACAGUCUUCACAACCACCACCAUCACUGAUGGGCAUGCAACAAGGUAUGCAGACAUUGCACAUUUGCUGCCUGGUUAAUUAGCUCAAUCAGUUGGGUACCAGACUUUCUGGGUUUUGAUUCCUGGCCAGGGGCUAACUUUUCGGGGGUAACUUUUCGGGCCCAAAAUCAAAUAUUCAAAUCGAAAUAUAAAGAGCCCAGGUCCUGGCAAGUAAACUACUCCAUUUUGUUUCAUUAACUGAUAGUUUUAUCACGUUAGGUACAAAACUAUUGAAACCUCGAUCUUAAAUGUAAACGGAGACAGCUUACUGGGCUCAUUAAUUAUCGGGACUUUCGAGAAACAUGUCCCGAUAAGGUUGAAAAACCACAAGUCUUGUAUCACGGCACACCCACUGAACUGAAUCUUGACGAUAGGAGAAGACUCUUACAGGUUGCAGGGCUGGCCAUCACUAAGAUUUUAGUUUCUGGGUAUAUGUAAUAAGUAGGGAGGGAUUUGAAAAACUAGUAAUCUUUUUUGGUUCAAUUUGCCCUUUUGUUUCUUGUGUGAGUAGUCACAUGUCUUAUCAGGGCCUCAAAUUAACUUUUUGAUACAGGCAUCCUUAAAAAGAUACAAAAAUACUGAGUCAUGUUAACCUACAACUCUCACAGAAAUUGCAGUUGCCCAAUCGGGCAACUAGGAUCCUAAACUUAGUUGCAUAGAUGAAAUUUUUAGUUGCCCUAGCAAGCAGCCAGCCGUUAAUGUCGAGCUCUAUCACUCUGUGCCUUGAUUUAGUUGCACCAUUUAUUUGCGCACAGGUGGUGGUGGUAUUAGUCAGAUGGGACAGCAAGGCUGGAGUGGUGCUGGUCAAAGAGACUACCAUUACAGUUUGCACAAUAAAAGGAAGUUUGAAGAGGUAUGAAAGGCCCAUUACACAUCUACAGCAUUGUAUGUUUAUUGAGUUUUAUACCAAAGAAAGCACAAAGAUUAUCUCAAGAGAUAAAAAAUGCAUUAACUACUGCAAACUUUGAUAAUUGUGAAGAACAACUCCCAACAACCAGCAUGCCAGUCAGCCAACAAUUAACCAACACUUGAUCAACAGUUGGCAGGCAGUCAAGUGGAAGUGUACCAAGCUCACUCACUACAAACUUCACCAUCUGUCAGCCAAAUAUUGAUGGACAGUCAGCCAACAGAUGAACGCUCUGACAAUUUGCGGCUUCCAUGAUUUAUUUUACUAUUUUGUACAAUUAAUCUUGGUCAAACUACAUAAAAAUUAUGUUAUUAUGUACGUUUAUCAAUCAUUGUUAAAAUGUGCCAUGAAUGUGAUGUGGUGACUUUUUCUUUGACAAAAGUUACUAUUAAAGAAUUAUAUUUCACAGAAAACAAAAAUUUAAAGUCUUGAUUUUAGGGCAGUUUCGGUACUCACGUUCACAUCACACUCUUUUUUCCUUAGAACCUUCUACAUUGUCUUUGUGUUGGUUCUUUACUACACAUUUAUUCUUCAGGAAUUUUCAGCGCUUUUAAUUCUGUUCUAUCUGUGGUAUUAGGCUGAGGAUGUUGACCUGAAUGCUCAUCUCCAUGGUAACUGGACAUUAGCAAAUGCCAAGUCUCGUCUCCAUCAAUAUCUACAGCAAAACAGACUUCCUGCUGAUUUCAAAUACUCUGCUGGUGGCCCAGAUCACAACAGGUAUUGAACUACUGGCUUGGAACAGUUAACACAUGGGUUUCUUGAGAUAGGAAUGAAUAUUUUAUUUAAAAAUAAUGAAUCUUAUGUGUAAAAAUGUGCUUAUUUAUUUUUAUAGGCCAUUUGCACGAUAGCGUCAUUUUACUACUACGAGAAUCCUUCAAGGUUUUGCUUUCUUGUGCAAUAAGAGCUUUUGUUAUUGAAACCUCACUGGACCACAUUUAUGAGCAGAUGUCUGUACUGGACUUGUAAUUGGGGGGCCUGAGUUCAAGUCCAGCCCUGACUGCUAGCUGGAUUGGUUCUCGGUAGUCCCGAGUUCAAAUCCUCGGCAGCACUUGUAAAAUAGCCAACUGGUUCACCUUCUACCAGUUGGGAUUCUUAACUUUGUUAUGUUCCAUUUGAAUUAUUUGUUUUAUUAUUUCUGAAAAAACCCAUAAAGAAAGAGGAUAAUAUAUUAUUAUUGAGGUAGGCAGAGGAAAACAAAAGUAAUUUACUCAUACAGGGCUCAGAUGAAUGUGUCUCCACAGUACCAGAACAUUUUCAAAUAAGUUUAUACUUAUUCGUCAGGUGUAGGACAAUUGAGUAAUAUAUGCACAGUCGACAUGAUCUUGUGUUCACAAAGCAUGAUCAAUCAUUUUACAUGUCAAUAACAUUAAAAACAAUUUUGUUAGUUAACCUCCACUGUGAAUCCCAGAAUUAAAAUAAUCUCCCAAACAGUUUUGCUUGCAGCUUACAAAUAUUCAUUCUUCUGCAGAUGUAUUUUAGUCAUAGUUGAAGUUCAUACAUUUUUUAUUUGGAAAACCACAUGUUUUUUUUAGUCAUCUAACUUUCCUUCUGUGGUUCUUUGGUAGGCACUUUGUUGCAGAGUUGUCAAUAUUUGUGAAAUCUCACAGACGAAGUAAGUACAUGUUUACUCUUCGUAUAAUGUAAGUUAGCAAUGAACAUCUCAAGAAUUAGGUCAGGAAGUAUUUUUUUCCCAAUAAUUACAAUUAAAAAUCUUGAUAAAUAGUCAUUCAUUGUAUCAUAUGCAAAAAUCAUAUGAUCUUAUAAAGCUGGUGCACAGUAUAGAUAAUAUUAAACCCAGCUCAUAUAGCAGUUUGGCUCAUCUAAGUGUCAUAUUUUUUUCAUUCACUCUUUUUCAUGAAGUCAACGCAUUUUCUAGGAAAUAGCCAUGGACAUGAUUGCGCACAAACAUGCCAAAAAAAACGUCUCUUUUUAUGGUGAACUUUCCAAAGACUUCGGAAUUGAACCCUCCUGUAACCUUUUAUCCUGCAAGGUCAAUGCACAAUGUAUUCUCCACACUGCACUCCAUGUAUUUUUAAAUUUGUCAUGGUAUUGUGAUGAGAAGAAUCUGCUCUGUUCUAUUCCUAAAACCUGUAUAUUAAUUUAAUUAUCAUGUAGUGAUAAGAGAAGAAGCUAGAUUUGUCAUUGUUUAUGUCUUCAAGGGUCAAUAGAAUAAUUUCUUCUAACAGUACUCCUCUUUUUAUUUUUUUUUCUUAGCCAUUAGUGCUCGUGAACAUGCUUCCACUAAAAAACAAGCUGCACAGAAUACUUCUCUCAGUCUUGUUAGACAGUUAUUUCAUAUGGGAGCCUUGGAGGCUGCUGAACCAGGACAGGUUCAACCAAAGAAAAAGAAGGCUGAUGAGGUAAAAGUCAGCAAUAAAAUCUGGACCCUUGUUGGCUGGUUUUUGCCUUUUAGUGAUGCAGUUUUGGUGACUGAUCAGUUGCAGGUUAAUUUGUUCCCCAGGCAUUUAGAGAAUUUUGUCCUUUUUGAAUUUGCUACUUCCUCAUUAUGGUGGUGGAAUUAAAGGGUAGAAAGAAAUCCCUGGUUCUUAGCAGAAUAAGUGUGUAAAACAAGCUGAUUUAUAAUGGUGGUAUUUAUGGCAGUGAUGAUGAUGACGACCUCUGCAUAACUGACUGGCUGUGAGAAAAGUGUUGUCAGAUACUGUAGCUCUGUUCUUGUAAGAAGUGAUCCAUCAGGCUGGGUGAUUUUUUCAUUGCAAGUUGCCAGAUUGGCAAACCAUGUUUGGUACCCUUUUAUUAGAAAGGAAUUAUUUUUUAAAUUCAGGAAAUAGCUUGUUAGAGCUCCAGUUGCCUUUAAACUGAACCAACAUUUUGCUUCUCUGUUAAGCUUAUUUCUUAUUAUCACCCCACCCUGACAGAUGUAAACAUUUAAUAGUCAGUUUUGUUUUUUAGAUUGAACCCUAUGAUGUUGGAAUCAGCCCGGAAAUGGAGCAGCAACUUGGUGACCUCCUUCAAGCUCUUCAAAUCCAGCCUGUCCCUCAGGUAUGGAAAAUAAGGAAAAAAAUUUAUGUAGGUCUGCUUAUAAUGUACAUUGCAUUUGACCAAGUUUUUGCUUCCAGAUGAGUGUCCACCUACUGAUUUGUAAAAUCCAUUCUCAUGAUUAUCCACUGACUUUGAUUCAGAAUUUCUUUUGUUUCCUUGCCCAAAUUAUUCAUAGGAGACUGGGGAAAUUCUGGUUUUACCUUAUCUAGAACAGAAUUUAUGUACAACAUGUACUCAUCGGUAAAAUUCUUUCUUGGCAUUAAAUAGUUUGAUAUUUCACCAGCAGGGAGCAUUGAGGAGUGUGAACUCUCUAGUUUUCUUUCUAGAGAGAAUUCAUUCCAACAGUUUGAUGACAAGCUUGCAGUGCUCUCAGUCAAACCAACAACCCUGAGACAUCUGUAAGGGUUUCAGCUGUCUCUGGCUUGGCUCUGUUUUAUCAAUACAAAUUUAUGGUCAGACCUUUUGGUCAUGCACCGGGGACAUUCUUGUGCCAGAGAGGCUUGAGCUUGUCUCACUGUUUACUGAAAAGCUUAAGUGAAGUUUCUUUAUUUUCUUCAUUCAUGAGCUAUGAAGAGAGGCAAGGCUGCAUCCUGGAAGUGACUAAAGAAUUAAUUUUAUUUCUGUAAUGACAGUACCAUCAAGGGCAAAAUAAAAACACUCAUAAUAGCUGAUCUUUUUGUAAACUGAUCAGACUUAAAUUGGAUUUGAUCAUGGAUCAGAUUCUACAUAAUGUAUUAAACUUUCAAAAACAUGAUUUGUUUAAAGUUUUUGUAGUUUAUUGGAGACCAAAGGAAAAAAAAGAGGUCAACACAUAAUUAUUAUCAAUUUGAGAACUGUUUGCUGUAAUGAUUUUGUCCAGCUUAGCUGGAAGUGUUACAUAAAAAUUAUAUAAAAUUGCUGGUAAAAGGAAUAGUGACCUUUUUAUCCAUGGUUGUACUGUCUGGUUGAGAACAGUGUCAGACAUAAAUGACUAAAUAAGUUCUUUUACAGUAGAUGGUCACUGAAAUAUUAUGCAUCAAUAGCACAGUGAAAUAUCUCCUUAUGAUCACCUAAGGAAGUACUGGUGACACCUCUUUUCUAUAGAUAGUGCUUUUACACUCCAAGCAUCAUACUAUCCCUCAGUAGAUGGUCACUGAAAUAUUAUGCAUCAAUAGCACAGUGAAAUAUCUCCUUAUGAUCACCUAAGGAAGUACUGGUGACACCUCUUUUCUAUAGAUAGUGCUUUUACACUCCAAGCAUCAUACUAUCCCUACAUUUACUACACAGACACUUGUUUCAUGCAGUUUCUGAGGUGUGUGCCUUCUGUAUCCUGUUGGGAGGUUUGACUGUGCUAUUUACCUUGACAAGGCCAUAUGACCAUCAACUGUAAAAAGCCUACUGAAAUUUCAAAUCUCCAUUCUUUGGAAUCUGCAUUAUCAGGAGUAAUAAAAACAUUAAAAUUUAAUCAGAAAUCUUUAAGAGCAGCUCCCCAUAAUUAUCAAAUAGACGUGGAAAUAGUCAAAAAACGACCUGGCCACAAACUCAGCCAGAAUAAAGCUCUACAGGCUCUAAUAACAAAAUAGUUUAUUUAAGUCUGCUUGGUUCAACUUCAACUUAGCUACAUUUUGAUCACUUGUUAUUGCCGAGAUAGACAUACUGGUAGUGGCAGGUUGAAGGAAAAGAGCAGAUCUUCAGAUCUUUAAACUUCAGAACUAAAGUUAAAACCAAAAACUGACCACUCACAGAACAAGAAAUGACUCAGCCAUUUACUUUUGUCAUCAGUAUGCACCUUUUCAAUUUAAGUUUUCAUUCAGUCACCUGACUGUACCUGUUGCCUAAUGACAUCAUGACUGCAUGUGUCUGCAUAAUGCACUUUCCAAACCUUGUAGGGUCAGCUUGCAUAAUGUGCAUUUGAGGGCUUUACAUUUUUGAUAGACUAGUAGCCUUUAAAUGCACAUUUUGCAGAUCAAAUGGUUACAACAAAAUGUGUCUGACACUGUUCUUGUUUUAGACAGGAUUUGUUAUAAAUGUCUGCUUCGAGGAUGUAGUCUUGUCUCUUUGUUAUAGCUCAUAUCUGAAGGGAAUGAACCAAGUCCAUUGUAUGGUGGAACAGACUAUUCUUGGUUAUCAAGGUACUAAUAAUGGGUAAUCCAUUAACACUGAACCUGUGCCUGUACUGAACCUUUUCCUUCUUCAAAUAGCCCUACCGUUAAGGUCCACAGACCUUUCCACAGAGCAGUCCUGCUUAUUCUAACUUGUUUAGUCUUAGAGUGAGAGGUGUACAUUAUGGGUGGAAGAUUUGCAAAAACCACACACAAACUCUAAUGUAACUGGUUUCAACCACUUAUUUUCGUUAGUGGAUGAGGUGGUCCAUGGACUGGUCUGUGGACUGGUCUGUGGACUUGUCCAUUGGAGGGAGGGAUGGUAGGCUGAGAGUUGGUUUCUCAAGGUUCACCUUUUAUUUCCUUAUCAUAACACUUAAAAGAACAUUACUGGGAAGAAGAGACAUAUAUAAUGUUUAUUUUUGCUAGUCAUUGUAAGGUGUUUGUGGUAACCUCAGGGCAACCUCAUUCUAAGGGUUCUCUCCUACUUGUCCUCCUGAUAGUUUGAAGUGUCAGCCAUCCCUUAGCCCCCCACCCCAUCCACCCCAAAUGGCUUAUUGCAGGGUGGGGUGAAGAGACAGCUGACACUUGAGGCUAGUCCUCCAUAGUGAGUGAAAGAGAGAGUUUCAGAGAAGCCAGGGAAUGAGGUUGGUCUCAGGGUUACAAAAGUGAACGUUAGAUAGUAUGCACACUGGGAAUCGAUUGGAAGGAAUUGGAUGCCUUAUAUUUUUCUCUUCCUCCCAGUAAUGUUCUUUAAAGUGUUAAUAGAAAUGUGAUCAUUUUUUCACCAUAUUUUUAAUGUGGUAAUGUCAAAGGGGAACCAUAAAAUCUGAAACAGUUUGUUUUCUUUUCUACGUCUUGGUUGUUUGGUCUUAAUAUUACAUUAGUAGCCAAUUUGUUCUAUGUAAUUUGCUAUAAAUGAAUUACACAUAGGUACUUGAAAAAAGUUUAAUUAAUAUAAACACGUCAGUGAUGCUGAGAAGUAAUCAUCACUCAGAUAAUGAAGGUGAGUUGUGAUAGCUAGGUUCUUUUAAUGCAUGUAAAACACUGCAGGUAAGUUCUAAGUCUAAUAAGCAUUUGUUAUAAUGCUGGUAAUAGAUGUACUAUCAUCAGUACUAAAAUUAUGCAGCAAGGUAUCUACUGUUUCUUUUUAGUAAUUUCAAAAAAUAAAUAUCCAAACAGGAAAAGUUCUUUAAGUAUUAUUAAAUACAUAAAUAUGUAACACAACGAAUUUUUUGACUAUUGCCAUUUAAAUGAUUGCCACUAUAGUUGGUUGUAAAGUUUGUCCUCAAAAAGUGAUUCCCUUUUAUAAAUGCAUUGAAUGCAAAACUGAUGAUUUAAACAAUGAAAUGAUGAUAGAGAAAGACUUGCUUUGUUGACUGUUAUUGUUUUAGUCCCAAAAUCCAAAUGAGGCUGUGUCUCUUGUCCUUCCUCCUGGAAUGGUUAAAUUUGAUGAACAGCAUCAUGAAGAAGGCUCUGGAAUAGUAGAAUGGAGUCCGCCAAACAUGAACUGGAAUCCUUGGAUAAAUCAGCCUGUGAUUAUUGAAGGUGCUGAGGAAUACCAGGUGAUUAGUUAAGUUGAAACUUUAACUUUGUCUAUCUUAUGAAAGUGUCUAGCAAUGUGUGGGUCUCUUACUAUUAAAUAUAACUGCACUGAUUAAUAGCUGAAUUCAACUCAGUAACAGUAAUUCAACUUUUCAAUUUGUGCAUUUUUUCUGAUGUAAUAAAAUUUGUUAAUAGUGAUCUAGCAGUAAAGGAUUCCUGAAAAUAAUGUGCAAGGACAUUGUUUUGUGCGUCACUUCUCUUUUGAUUUGUGCCAUUGCCGCUGUGGUUGAAUAAACUUCCCAAUAUUAACAUGAAGUUGUUUGUACUUUGAAUAGGUCAUCUGUUAUAACUAAGCUAUAUCUAUGUCACAUGUUUCAUGUAAUCCAGGAACCUCUUCUAACAAGUCAGGAUUACCUAAAUGAGUACAGGGAAAAGCACCAAAAUGAUGCAUACAACCACAUGUUGGAACAGCGUAGCCAGCUGCCAGUUUUUCAAUACAAGACAGCCCUGAUUGAAGCUGUCAAGAGAAGCAGAGUUAUUGUUGUUAAAGGUGCAACUGGAUGUGGAAAAACUACCCAGGUUUGUAGGAUAGUAUUAAUUGCUCAUCUUGAUCUCAUUUUGGUACACUUUUUUUGUAAUAUUCCUUUCACCUACACACGCCCUUACUUUUGUACUGCUCCUUUUUGUCUCUAUCCAAUUUGUAGCAUAUUUUCAGCAUACCUGUAUCAUUUGUUUGUGCUACCAUUUGGUUUCUGAUGUGUCCCAAGCACCCUUCAGAACUCUUACCUGGAUAACGCUAAAUCUGUAAUGUGUAGCAGCCUUUCAGCAUUCCUUCUUAGGGGGAUGCUCUCCUGCCACGUACUUAUUUAAGUUUGUUGGAGUACGUUUUGUUCUCUGAACUGCUCCAUGUACCUUUCAGCACUCUUACUAAAUUAAUGCCCUUUUGUGUCUGUAAUUGAGCUUACAGAACCUUUUUAAUAUGCUUGUAUUUUAUGCCAUUUGGUUUCUGUAAUUUCCCUGGCACUUUUCAGCAUGUACAGAGGACCAUUGUGACAGCAUGUUGAUAACUGUUAUUGCAGGUUCCUCAGUACAUAUUGGAUGAUUAUAUUGAGACAUGUCAUGGUCAAGAAUGUUGUAUCACAGUCACACAGGUCAGUCAUAAUAAUGAUUAAACGAACAAAACUUCUUACACUGAGCAUGGAGUGCAAGUUACAUUAUUCUAUUUGUUAUGCUGCCAAAUAGAUCAGUAAUACUUAAUGUUCCAUUAUUUAUGUAACAGCCCAGGCGUAUCAGUGCAGUUAGUGUAGCAGAAAGAGUAGCAAGUGAAAGAGCUGAAAUACUUGGUAGCAGUGUGGGGUACUCUGUGAGAUUCGAUACUGUUCUUCCCAGAAGCCAUGCCUCCAUGCUGUUCUGUACAGUUGGUAAGUUCACUCACUGUCUAGUAUUAUUAGGAUACCACUUUUGCCAUGGUGGAACCAUGUUUUUAUUUUUACUUCUAUUUUAAUGGUCAACAUUGUUAGUAGACAGUAGCCUACGGCAUAUUUACUGGCAUUGUUUCAUUGUCCCUCAGGUGUCCUCCUUAGGAAACUUGAAAAUGGCCUUCAUGGUAUUUCUCAUGUCAUUGUGGAUGAGAUUCAUGAACGAGACAUAAAUGUAAGUGGCAUUUGAGUCGGAAAUUCUUGGUCUGCUGCAAUAGGUUUGGGUAUUGCACUGGGGUUUUCAUAACUUUUAAAGGAAGUUCGAGAGCAAGCUCAAGGAUGUUGUGAGUUAAGCCAUUCUAGUAUGCAUUCAAUUUAUAAUAAGUUUAAAGUGAAGAAUUAUUUACAAGAGUCCAGGCAUGAUAAAGGUAAGGGAAAGUUGAUGGUCAGUGUCGUGUUGUAAGGAUGUUUCAUAUGACCAAAAUAAUCAAUGGUAACAACAAAGAAUAUUUCAUUGAUGCAGUGCAAAUUAGUCAAAACUUUGUAAAAAGUCCCCUUUCACACUAAAUAUAUACAUCAUAUACAAAAACCAUCUAAUCAGAUUGCAACAUUAAGCAAUACAAGUUUUGCAAAACAAAAACAUUUGGUUACAGAGCUUGUAGGAUUAAGGUGGGCCUUAAAUUUUGAGCUGUUUUUGGACUAUAAACAUGUCACAAAGAUAAAAGAGUGUCUCCUUAGUGUUAAUAACAAAAUAAUCCUUAUUGUAUCACUACAGACUGAUUUUGUUUUGGUCAUCUUGCGAGGCAUGGUUCAAGCUUACCCCAACUUGCGAGUCAUUCUUAUGUCAGCCACAAUUGACACUCAGAUGUUUACAGAGUACUUUGGAAACUGCCCCAUUGUAGAAAUAGAAGGAAGAUCAUUUCCAGUACAAGGUAAUGCAACCUUUUUGUUUGUUUGUGAAGCAACCAAUCCUAUUACCAGAUUUCUGUAGCCAGAAUGUGGAUGCAAGAGGACCUUUUGAGACUUUGUGUCAGACCUAAUAUUAGCAUAACCCAUUCAAAAGAAUAUGAGAGCACCACAGUUCACUGAUUGUUAUUCAUUCUAAUCUUAAGUUACAGUUUUUGUGAGCAGAAGACCUUGACAGUCUAAUCCGUAUAAUCUUUUUCUGUUUGUUUUAUAGAAUAUUAUCUUGAAGAUGUAAUUCAAAUGUUGAGUUUUGUCCCACCUCUCCCUGAGAAAAAGAAAAAGAAAGAUGAAACAGAAGAUGACGAGGAGGUGAGAUAAGAGGACAGAAAACCUAACAUGGGCCAGAUGAUUCUCACAUUCGUACAGUAGUGGAUAGCGUUGUCCACUGGAUAAAUCUCUCUAGCUAAUGUCGCAAUUUGUAUGCCUACUCAGUAAUAGACACCCAGGAGACCAAGCGGGAUAGGAGGCGUUUAAAAGAGAGAGAAGCGUUUAUUCUCAUAACUGUCAAAAAACUAUACAAAACUUACAUGCCUUCAGCGAACAUAUUACCAGUGUACAAAUAGCCGAAUUUCUGGUCCAUCCAUUGAUUCGUUUUCAGAAUCCUUAUUUUGAACUUAACACUGAACAAGAUGCAAUGCGCAAACUCUUUUUAAUCAAGAGAGGGGCUUCUAUUGUAUCAUUUUUGGUACCUGUCUACUGGAUAGCUAUUUAUCCUUCAGGCCCCGGUUGUUUAAAAGUUGGAUAGCGCUAUCCACCGGAUAAAUCACUAUCCAGUGGAUAGCGCUAUCCAGUGACGGAUAGUAACUUAUCCAGUGCAUAGCGCAAUCCACUUUUCAAACAACUGGGGCCAGAUGGCGUAGCGAAAGUUUGGGAUCAAUUUAGCUCUCUGGGAAACUGCCCACCUACCCCUCCCUUAACUCAACGUUGAUAUUUGCGUCUUACUUGGGGCAAAAUGUUGGGUUAGGGGAGGGGUAGGUGGGCAGUUUCCCGGAAACCUAAAUUGAUCCGUUUGAACAACUGGGGCUGAAAUCUGGACUGUGAGGCUGACCAGGCCACCAUACUGUGCCCCAGACGGCUUACUGACAGGGGAGGUUUAUUUUUGAAAGGGAUUCACAAGAUACGUUGAAAACUCGAUUUUUUUUCUUUUACCAUAGGAAAACUGUAACAUGAUGUGCAGUGACGAUUAUUCAUUUCAAACCAAGAAUGCACUGGCACAACUCAGUGAAAAGGAAAUGUCUUUUGAGCUUGUUGAGGUAAAGAUUUUUCACUGCUGACCUAAUUUUUUAAAGGAAGAUUUCUGAUUCUUUUAGUUGUACAUGAAAUACAUAUAAACGUGUUUAAUUUAAGUAACAUUACAUCAAGUAGAUCUUCAUCUUUUCUUAGUAUUAAUUUGAAGCCUAAAAUGAAGUUGUUUUAGUAAGGGAAAACUCGACGUCUCGUUGAAAAUCUUUUCUGUAAAAGAUUGGAUUGCUUAGUGAGGAGAUUGGUUAUUUUUCAUUGACAGUUGAUCUUAACUUGAUAACUUUCUUUUAGUUCCAGAGAUGGUGGAAGAAUGAAAUAAAAAAUAGGCAAAAUGGUUCUAAACGUCCAUGAUAUUCCCUCCAACGGAACAUUUUUUAAAAGUGACUAGGGGGGUUGAUGGCUGUUUUCAGCGUGUUAAGCUAGCGGUAAACAGUCAUUUUUAGUUACAUGCAAUGAUGCAGAUUUUGGCAAACGUUGAGUUUUGGCAAUUUUCAGUGUACUAUAUUCUUGAUUGUUAUAGGCACUAUUGAACUACGUCUCUGGCCUGAACAUCCCUGGAGCUGUGCUUAUCUUUCUACCAGGGUGGAACUUAAUAUUUGCACUGCACAAACACCUUAAGAUGCAUCCACAGUUUGGUAAGAGUACAUUUAGUGUUAUCAUGUAAUUAAAACCUGCUAUCAACCAUAGAUUGACUUGCGAGGAAUUUAAUGCGGAUGGAAUUCGUGCUCUUUGAGGCCGAUGCAAGGAAGGGAAAAGAACAACUGAAGCAAUCAGUGUAUUAUUGUAUCAUGCUUGUAACAGCUCUAUGUAGCCUUAUUGUUCACCAUAGCAUAUUGUGCAUACAAAUUACUAUUUGUAGCGCCAAAAAUACAUCUAGUCGUCAACUGCGCUAAUUUUAAACCUUAAUUUUGCAACGUGAGUCAUGAACUUUGGUGUUAACUUUAAGGACCUCAAUCCGCUCAAGCAGGAACCCAUUACCUGGAGCAAGCAACUCCCUUGAUAGGCCUGUCACGAAGUUUUCACAGGCAAUUAUUCCCGGGAAAGUCGGAGCUUCGCUUCGUCUAUGAGCGCAUUCGAAGUAUAAGAUAUGAAAGAAACCCAACGUCAUUUUCAAAACCUCAAAAAAAUACCAUUUUCAGGUUUGUAGGUUUUACCGACUAAAUUUGCUCCAAAAUCGUUUUAAAAAUAAACUGGUUAGUGAAAAGUCCUUGACACGAGCACAAGGAAGUUGCCAGCUCCGUGUUAUCAACUCCUGUCUCAAGUGAUUUAAUUUUGUGAUAUUUCAGGGGUAAGUAGCAGGUAUCGUCUGCUACCUCUUCAUUCUCAGAUCCCCAGGGAAGAUCAACGCAGAGUGUUUGAGCCUGUACCACAGGGAGUCACAAAGGUGCGUCUUGAGAAGAUGGUUUAGUUUAUUAUAGUAAAAUAUUACAGUAAAAUGUGCUAAAGAAGAAGGCAGCUUGGAUCUAGGCUGGUCUGUGCUGUAGCGGCAAGGCGGCCGAACGAUAUAUUCAAAGAAUGAUACAGUUGAUCUUCCAUUAAGCGGCUACCCUCAGGGUACUGGCAAGUGGCCGCUUAAUGGAGGUUGGCCGUUCAAUAAAGGUUCGUCAUAAAUUAGCAUAAUCUUUAGCAGAAACAUCACUUUAUUUUGAAACAAACGUGCAACGGGAGAAGCAUUACUGGUCUUCAGUCGGUCGUCCCAAUCUAUCUCGCACUGUAUUUUUCUUCAUCAUUUUCUCAAAAUGAAACCAAACUUAGUGAAUCAGGCGCUUGAUGGCCCUGAUGACAACAGUGGGAGAACUCUCUUUAGAGCGUCCAAAAGGUGGCCGUGGCUGCUUAACAGAGGUUUAAUUCCCCAUUCUUUUGUAGUUAUUUCGGGAUUUUGAUUACUGGCCGCUUAAUGGAGGUUUAACUGUAGUUCAAUGACGUUUUGUCUUUGUGAAUUUUGAUUGAGGUUUGUUUGGUGUCUUGCAGAUCAUUCUCUCUACCAACAUUGCUGAAACAAGCAUUACUAUUGACGAUGUUGUUUUCGUCAUUGACUCUUGCAAGUACGUGACAAAGAACUGUUGUUGCGUUAAAUCAAAUAUUUAGAGACGCCUUACGUUCUCUACAAACCAGAGAAAAAUACCUUAAACCGUUGGUACAUAAAAGUUCCUAUUUUGUGCAAUGUUCUGUGGAACGCUUGUGAAGUUAUUGAAUUGCCAAGGAUAUAAAUGCACGUUCUCACUUACAACUGGGAGCCAUGCCAAUCCAAACAUACAGCCUGCGAAAAUCGCUAAGAUCACAGUACAAAAGAGCCAAAAAACGGCUAACCGCGAGAAUUAAGACUAGAUCGAACAUCAAACUGUAACUUUGGCACUUCUGCAGAUGCUAAUACAGCCCUCAAAACACACGAAUGGUGGGUGGGCCUGGCAGGUCAACCAAUGGUAAAUGGCAGCAAAACAGACUGAACUUUGAACCGCCGUCUGACCUUGAACUCCUCCCCCCUUCCCUACUCCCUGCCAAUGGAACCCAUAUUCCUUGCCUUCUGUGAUAAAAAUAUCUUCUGUUAAACUGGUUCCCCAAUCAGGGCAAAACCACAUUUUCUCGUUCGGGUCUGUUCAAAAAUGUUUUUCAUGGUAUCUUACGAGAGAUAGGGUUCCGUUAUGAUGCAUGCACACCAUGUAUUUAUCUGAUGUAAAAACUGAUUGCAAAUAGCAGUUUUCACAUCGUUUUUU